AUGCGCUCGAUGGAUAUAGACAAGGAGGACAGCAGUAAGAAAGCCAACCUGGAGAUUGACCCUGUUGUAGACUUCUUCGCCGGAACCGUGGCAGGAAUGACUGCUUUGGCGGUGGGAUUCCCAUUUGACACUGUCAAGGUACGAUUUCAAAACCCAGAAAUCGCGCAGAAGUACCGUUCCACGUUUCAUGCCCUGUUUACCAUUGUACGCACGGAACGUGUGAGCGGCGUAUUCAGAGGUAUCGCUUCUCCGCUUUUGACGAGUGCUCCGCUGAACGGACUAGUCUUCUCUUCAUAUCGCUUUUUGAUGAAAUCUCAACUGUCCGAUGAGAACGCAACCCCGACGUUGACACAAAUAAAUAUUGCUGGUGCAGGCAGCGGUGUUAUUGCUUCAUUGAUAACCACGCCUACAGAGUUGAUCAAGGUCCACCAGCAGUCAAUGGUGGUGUUCACAUCAUCUUCGGCUAUUCACAAGCCACCCACCACCUUCAACGUCGCACGGUUAAUCUUUAAGCAUCAUGGAAUCAGAGGACUAUACCGCGGCAUCACCGCGACAGCACUGCGAGACACGGGAUAUGGCGUAUAUUUCGUCGCCUACGAAGCUACCUUGCGCUACUGUGCCCCUCCACCACCUUCUCACGACCACUCGUCGUUGAUUUCUGAGGCGGACUCCAGCAUAGCAUCGCACUCGUGGCCCGCUAUGCUACUCGCCGGAGGCGUUGCGGGCGUUGCAGGAUGGUUGGUGACCUUCCUGUUCGACGUAAUCAAGACGGGAAUACAGAGCAUCUACAGUACUGGACCUGAGAAUCCUUACAGGAAUAUUCGGUCUACAUGUGCUGCAUCUUACCGUUCGGAAGGUUUAAGUGUAUUCUUUCGGGGUCUGGCGCCAACGCUCAUUAGGUUAGAGUUCUAUGGCUCGCCGUGUUCCUCCCUUUCUUAUGAGCUGUCAUAUUUGCCCAACUAA